GCUGGACCUUUCCACUUAAAAUGCACCCCUCCCUCGUCCUCUCUCCCCUGUGUACUCAAUCCAGCUCCAGAUCCCCAGAUGCAGAUGCUGGUACUACUUGCCAAACCUCAGCCGACCCCAACAGCGUUGUUACUCAUAUCAGUGGUCCAAAUUUUGUUGUCCUCUUAGGAACCACUCAAAUAUCUACUUACAAAAUCAACGGAAUGAUGCGGUUUAAUAGGUUUAAUAGUUGUUUUAGGAGUAGUAUUUAUUCAUCAACUGCUGCCAACUCCUUCGUCCAUCGUCCUCUUCCAACACGCCACACCUUUCCUACUUCAGUUUCUUGGAAUUUACCAUCACCAACAGUAUCCCGACCCAACAGGCCUCUAUAUAUUCAGAUAACAAACCCCAAAACUAAAAUAACAACAACAACAUUCCCAGUAGUUUAUUGUACUGACAACAGCAAUACUACUAGUGCGACAACCCAAAACAGAGAACCAGAAGGUUCAAACCCCGUUUGUUCUUUGGCCAACAAAUUCGGAUUGCUUAGGAGUAAUAAACAAUAUAAGCAGAAACCGCACGCAGACCGGCCCUGCUUAGACAUUCGGAGCAACCAGAUGGCGGUUGAUGAAUGCCGGACCGGCUGGGACUCUGAUACCGAUGUUAUUAUAGUCGGUGCGGGCGUCGUUGGUGCAGCCUUAUCGUACACCCUUGGGAAGGAAGGAAGGAGAGUCCGUGUAAUCGAAAGAGACUUGACUGAGCCUGACAGAAUUGUGGGUGAGCUGCUACAACCAGGUGGAUAUCUCAAGUUAAUUGAGCUGGGACUGGAAGAUUGCGUAGUUAACAUUGAUGCUCAGCGAGUGCUUGGUUAUGCUCUUUUCAAGGACGGUAGAAGCACUAGAGUUUCUUAUCCCUUGGAAAAUUUCCAUUCAGAUGUCGCAGGCAGAAGCUUUCACCAUGGGCGAUUUAUUCAGAGGAUGAGAGAAAAAGCAGCUAGCCUUGCCAAUGUACGACUGGAACAAGGCACUGUGACAUCCCUGCUUGAAGACGAUGGCACUGUAAAAGGUGUUGAGUACAAAACCAAAAGCGGCAAGCAGCUGAAAGCUUAUGCUCCUCUUACAAUAGUGUGUGAUGGGUGCUUUUCAAAUUUGCGACGAUCUCUCUGCAGCUCUAAGAUUCCUGCAGAGCUACAUGAUGCUUUCGUAUCUGCUAUUGACAAAGGAGACAUUAGAACAAUGCCAAACAGAAGCAUGCCAGCUGCUCCACAUCCUACUCCUGGAGCACUACUGCUGGGUGAUGCUUUCAACAUGCGUCAUCCUUUAACCGGUGGAGGAAUGACCGUAGCCCUGUCUGACAUUGUAGUGUUACGAGAUCUGCUUAAACCCUUGCAAAACAUGAAUGACGCUGAGUCCUUGUGUAAAUAUCUCCAGUCCUUUUACACAUUGCGCAAGCCAGUGGCAUCUACGAUAAAUACGCUGGCUGCGGCCCUAUACAAGGUGUUCUGUGCUUCUUCUGAUCAAGCAAGAAAGGAAAUGCGCGAAGCAUGUUUUGAUUAUUUGAGCCUUGGUGGCGUUUGUUCGGAUGGACCUAUAGCUCUGCUCUCCGGUUUAAAUCCGCGACCACUGAGCUUAGUUCUCCAUUUCUUUGCCGUUGCCGCGUAUGCCGUGGGACGUUUAUUGACCCCUUUUCCUUCCCCAAGAAAUUGUGGAUUGGAGCUAGAUUGAUUUCGGUAUGUAAAGAAAAUCCUUUUCCAACAAAUGAUUGGUGCAUCCCAAGGCAUUGAUUUCCUUCUUUUAGCUCCAAAAUCCAGCUUCCCCAAUUUCUUUUUAGCCAACAUGUUAAAAGUCUGCCAAUAUGCAAACAAGGUUUUUGCAUACAGCAGAGAGUGAUUCUGCGAGACAGUUUGAGUUUCCUUGACCAUAAACCAUACUUAGUAAUCACUUGUUAUUCAUAAACUCGUUUUCUCAUUUCUCACUGUCGCUGCUAUGGGCGACUCUUACCACGGAAUCCUUUCGGCAACAGCAACAAAUCCUUUCAUGCACUUUUAAUCAUUAAAUAGUACCCUUUUAAUUAUAAACGUCAAUUUCCCCACACAUUUUGGAUUGUCUUUGAGCAUUGGUCAUUUUCAUGACUUGGCAAACUUCCU